CCAUACCCCCCCCUUCUGACCAUACCCCCCCUUUCUGAGCGUGCCCCCCCCGCAGGCAGCGUGCCCCCACCCAAGAGCGUGUCGUCGUGGCUGACGUGCCGUGGGCUGGGCAAGGCGCUGGACGAGGUGACGGCCGGCAUCCCGCACGACAUCUACGUCUUCGGCACCCAGGAGAACUCGGUGGGGGAUAAGGAGUGGGUGGAUUUCCUCAGGGCUGUGCUCAAGGAAUACAGCGACACCGAAUACCGCCCGGUGGCCAUGCAGUCGCUGUGGAACAUCAAAGUGGUGGUGUUGGUGAAGCCGGAGCACGAGAACCGCAUCAGCCACGUCAGCACCUCCAGCGUGAAGACCGGCAUCGCCAACACGCUGGGCAACAAAGGCGCCGUGGGCGUCUCCUUCAUGUUCAACGGCACCUCCUUCGGCUUCGUCAACUGCCACCUCACCUCCGGCAACGAGAAGACAGCCAGGAGGAACCAGAACUACGUGGACAUCCUCCGCCUGCUCUCGCUGGGCGACAAACAGCUCAGCUCCUUCGACAUCUCGCUGCGCUUCACCCACCUCUUCUGGUUUGGGGACCUCAACUAUCGCCUGGAUAUGGACAUCCAGGAGAUCCUCAACUACAUCAGCCGCAAAGAGUUCGAGCCUCUGCUCAAAGUGGAUCAGCUCAACCUGGAGAAGGAGAAGCACAAAGUGUUCCUACGCUUCGGAGAGGAGGAGAUCACCUUCCCCCCCACGUACCGCUACGAGCGCGGCUCGCGGGACACCUACGUAUGGCACAAGCAGAAACCCACGGGGGUCCGCACCAACGUCCCGUCCUGGUGCGACCGCAUCCUCUGGAAGUCGUACCCCGAAACCCACGUCAACUGCAACGCCUACGGCUGCACGGACGACAUCACCACCAGCGACCACUCGCCCGUCUUCGGCUCCUUCGAGGUCGGCGUCACAUCGCAGUUCGUCUCCAAGAAAGGGCUUUCCAAGUCCUCGGACCAGGCGUACAUCGAGUUUGAGAGCAUCGAGGCCAUCGUGAAGACGGCGAGCCGCACCAAGUUCUUCAUCGAGUUCUACUCCACCUGCCUGGAGGAGUUCAAGAAGAGCUGUGAGAACGACACGCAGAGCAGCGACAACAUCAACUUCCUCAAGGUGCAGUGGUCGGCGCGGCAGCUGCCCACGCUGAAGCCCAUCCUCUCGGAGAUCGAAUACCUGCAGGACCAACACCUGCUGCUCACCGUUAAGUCCUUGGAUGGCUACGAGUCCUACGGGGAAUGUGUCAUCGCCCUCAAGUCCAUGAUAGGCAGCACGGCGCAGCAGUUCCUCACUUACCUCUCACACCGGGGCGAGGAGACGGGCAACAUCCGCGGCUCCAUGAAGGUGCGCGUGCCUGCAGAGCGCCUGGGCACCCGCGAGAGGCUCUAUGAGUGGAUCAGCGUGGAUAAGGACGAGGCGGCGGGCGGCAAAGGGAGGGCCCCGCUGAGCGCCAGAGCCCCCCAGGAGGGUGCCAAGUCCAUGCUUAGGAAGCCCCCCGGGCCCGAUCCGCCCCCCCCCCACCCCCCCCAAAGCCCCCGAGGACCCCGAGAAGGGCAGCGCUGCAGCGACCCCCCGCCCACCCCCCCCCCAUCGGGGCACCACCCGGGAUGCUCCAAAGCAGAACCGAUGGCGGAAUCGCCGGGGGGGCCGUUGAAGAACAGCUUUAAUAACCCCGCCUAUUACGUUUUGGAAGGGGUCCCACACCAACUGUUGACCCCCGACCCCCCCCCCCAUCCGACCCCCCCCCAUCACCCCGGCAAACCCCCCCAUCCCCAAAAGCAAAGCCGCACCCCCCGAACGCCGUCGGCAUCCGUCUGCCGGCCCCCCCCCACCACCACCACCCCCCCCAUGCCAACCCCCCCACCACCCAAACCUCAUCCGAGACCGACAGCUCCUCCGAGCGCUGCGUUCGGGAUGGAGGUGCCCGGGGGGGGGGUCCCCAUAAGCGGGGUGGGGGGGGGGAGGGACGACCGGUCGUGUUCUGUGCUGCAGAUGGCCAAAACGCUGAGCGAGGUGGAAUAUGGGGGGGGGGGGGGGCGGGGGGGGGCGGGGGGGAGGGGGAGGUUGGAGCGCCCCCCCCGCUGCCUGCAGCCCGACUACAGCCGUCCCAUUGCCUUCACGUCCCAUUGCAUCCGAGAGAGCAUCCAGGAGGAUCUGGGGGAGGAGGCGCUGUGCCAGGGGGGCCGCGGCGCGGGCGUCAGCGAGUCCAACGUGGGGGAAUGGCUGCGGGGUUUGGGGUUGGAGAGGUACGAGGAGGGGCUGCUGCACAACGGAUGGGACGACCUGGAGUUCCUCAGUGACAUCACGGAGGAGGACCUGGAGGAAGCGGGGAUCGUGGACCCCAAACACAAACGGCUGCUCCUCGACAGCCUCCAGCUGAGGAAGUGACCCCCCCCGGACCCCCCCCCAGAACCCCAAUUCCAUCCACGUGACCCCCCCCCCCCCCCCCCAGC